UAGCAGGUUAGCAGCGGCGGCUAACCAUUUGACCCUGUGUGUGUAUGGAAGAUGGCGACACUUAUUAUCCCUGCUGAAUGGAUCAAAAACUGGGAAAAAUCAGGAAAACACGAGUUUGUGCAACUCUGCAAAGACCUUACAGAGAAAACUGAUCAUGGAAGUGAAAUUAGAGACAUACAGGCCGCCCUAUAUGAGCUCUGCUGGCAGGUUGUACAGGGAAACCUGAAGUUGGAUCUCGUUGCCAGCGUCCUUGGGGACAUGAUGGAACUCAGAGAAGACAUGCCAUCAAUUUUAGCAGAUGUGUUUAGUAUACUAGAUUUAGAGACUAGUGCACUGGAAGAAAAAAACAAGCGUGACCAUUACACUCAGUUGGUGGGAGCAUGUUUGUACUUUGUAUCAGAGGCUAUCCUGAAAGAGAGGUUGGAUCCGGAAACCCUAGAAUCACUUGGCCUCAUCAAACAAGCCCAUCAGUUUAAUCAGAAGAUUGUAAAAAUCAAGACUAAGCUAUUUUACAAGCAGCAGAAGUUUAACUUGCUACGGGAGGAGAAUGAAGGCUAUGGCAAAUUAAUCACUGAACUUGGCCAAGACCUGUCAGGCAACAUCACCAGCCACAUUGUGCUGGAGAGCAUAAAGUCCCUCAUAGGCUGCUUCAAUUUGGAUCCUAAUCGUGUUUUAGACAUAAUUUUGGAGGUGUAUGAAAGUCGCUCUGACCAAGAUGAGUUUUUCCUGUCCCUCAUCAAGUCCUAUAUGUGUGAGCCGCUCACCCUUUGCCAUAUACUCGGCUUCAAGUUCAAGUUCUACCAGGAGCCCAAUGAGGAGACCCCCAAGUCUCUUUACCACGUUGCUGCUGCUUUGCUUCACCAUAACCUGAUAGAGUUGGAGGAUCUUUAUGUUCAUCUUAUGCCACUGGAUGUCACUAUUGUAGAGGAAUACAAGCGCGAGAUCUCAGAGGCCAAACAAAUCGCUCGAAAGCUGGUCAUGGUUGUGUUGCCCUCAGAAAAAAACGAAGACAGGGAUAAGGAGAAGGAAAAGGAAGAAGAGAAGAAUGAAAAGCCACCUGAUAACCAAAAGCUUGGUCUUUUGGAAGCACUACUUAGGAUUGGAGACUGGCACCACGCCCAGAGUAUUAUGGACCAGAUGCCUUCCUUUUAUUCUACUUCUCACAAGGCCAUUGCACUGGCGCUCUGCCGGCUCGUGCACCUCACUGUGGAGCCUCUAUACAGAAGAACUGGCGUACCCAAAGGCGCACGGGGCUGCGUGAUAAAUCCGCUGAGGAACAAACGGGCUCCUCGACCUGCAGAGACUUUUGAGGACCUGCGGAAGGACACAUUCAGUAUGCUCUCCUACUUGGGCCCACAUCUCUCCCAUGACCCUAUCCUCAUUGCCAAGAUCGUGCGUCUGGGCAAGGCCUUCAUGAAAGAGUACCAAAGUGAUGCCAGACCUGAGGUCAAAGACAAGAUGGAAAUAUUGUUGAGCUGUUUCCUGAGCAUUGCAGACCAGGUGCUACUCCCAUCUCUCUCUCUGAUGGAGUGCAAUGCUUGCAUGUCUGAGGAGCUGUGGGGUCUCUUCAAGCUCUUUCCCUACCAGCACAGGUAUCGGUUAUAUGGGCAGUGGAAGAACGAGACGUAUUCCAGCCAUCCGCUGUUGGUUAAAGUCAAAGCGCAGACUGUGGAAAGGGCGAAAUAUAUUAUGAAACGUUUGACCAAAGAGAAUGUGAAACAAUCUGGAAGACAGAUUGGCAAACUGAGCCACAGCAAUCCCACCAUCCUCUUUGAUUAUAUGCUGUCUCAAAUCCAGUGGUACGACAACCUCAUUGUUCCAGUGGUGGACUCCUUGAAAUACCUCACAUCCCUCAACUAUGAUGUCUUGGCCUAUUGUAUCAUUGAGGCUCUGGCCAACCCAGAAAAGGAGAAGAUGAAACAUGAUGACACCACCAUCUCCUCAUGGCUGCAGAGCCUGGCGAGUCUGUGUGGAGCUGUGUUCAGAAAAUACCCGAUUGAGUUGGCCGGUCUCCUGCAGUAUGUCACCAAUCAACUAAAAGCAGGGAAGAGUUUCGACCUGCUUAUUCUGAAAGAAGUGGUGCAGAAAAUGGCUGGCAUUGAGAUCACAGACGAGAUGACUUCAGAGCAGUUGGAGGCCAUGACCGGAGGGGAACAGCUCAAAGCCGAGGGUGGUUAUUUUGGCCAGAUCAGAAACACUAAAAAGUCAUCUCAGCGUCUCAAGGAUGCACUGCUGGACCACGAACUGGCCCUGCCAUUGUGUCUGCUCAUGGCCCAACAGAGGAAUGGUGUGGUGUUCUUGGAGGGUGGAGAGAAACAUCUCAAACUUGUCGGGCACCUCUACGACCAGUGUCACGACACACUGGUGCAGUUUGGCGGAUUUUUGGCUUCAAAUCUCAGCACAGAAGAUUACAUCAAGCGAGUUCCCUCCAUUGAUGUCCUUUGUAACCAGUUUCACACUCCGCACGACGCUGCUUUCUUCCUAUCUCGGCCGAUGUACGCCCAUCAGAUUUUGUCUAAGUAUGAUGAGCUGAAGAAAGCAGAAAAGGGCAACCGGCAGCAGCAGAAAGCUCACAAGUAUGUAUCAGCCUGCGAACAGGUGAUGACGUCGGUGCACGAGGCGGUGAUCUCCCUCCAUCCGCCCAGAGUCUGGGACGACCUCCGCCCUCAGUUCUAUGCUACGUUCUGGUCUCUCACCAUGUACGACUUGGCCGUGCCCCAUUCUGCCUACGAGCGAGAGGUCAACAAGCUCAAGACUCAGAUCAAGGCCAUUGAGGAGAAUCCUGAGAUACCGUUAAAUAAGAAAAAGAAGGAGAAGGAACGCUGUACUGCCCUCCAAGAAAAACUGCAAGAGGAAGAGAAGAAGCAAAUGGAGCAUGUCCAAAGAGUGCUGCACCGUCUCAAGCUGGAGAAAGACAACUGGUUGUUGGCCAAAUCCACAAAGAACGAGACCAUAACCAAGUUCUUGCAGCUCUGCUUGUUCCCUCGCUGCAUCUUCUCCUCCAUCGAUGCCGUUUAUUGUGCCCGCUUUGUGGAGCUGGUUCACCAGCAGAAGACACCCAACUUUUGCACCCUCUUGUGCUAUGACAGGGUAUUUUCAGCCAUCAUUUACACGGUGGCGAGCUGUACAGAGAACGAGUCUCACCGCUACGGACGCUUCCUCUGCUGCAUGUUGGAAACAGUGACCCGGUGGCACAGCGAUCGUGCCGUCUACGAGAAGGAGUGUGUUAAUUACCCCGGCUUCCUGACCAUCUUCAGAGCUACGGGCUUUGAUGGAGGGAACAAAGUAGAUCAACUAGAUUACGAGAACUUCAGGCAUGUGGUGCAUAAGUGGCACUACAUGCUGACUAAAGCUUCGGUUCAUUGCUUGGAAACAGGGGAUUACACCCACAUACGAAACAUUCUGAUCGUGCUCACCAAGAUCCUGCCUUGCUAUCCGAAGGUCCUGAACCUCGGCCAGGCGCUGGAGUGCCGCGUCCACAAGAUCUGCCUUGAGGAGAAGGAUAAGAGACCAGACCUCUAUGCCUUAGCAAUGGGUUAUUCAGGUCGGUUGAAAAGCCAGAAGGUGCACAUGGUCCCCGAGAAUGAGUUUCAUCACAAGGACCAGCCAGCACGCAGUGCCACACCUGCUAGUCAACAGAACGGCCCCGGCAGCACUGGGAAACCUGCCACCAGCGCCAGCAAGACUGAAGAGGGAGCGUCCGAGGAUGGCGAUCGGAGCAAGGAUAAAUCUCAGGGGACCACUAAACCAGUUAACAAAGCCAACAGUGCAGCAGCCAAAGUUACCACCAGCAAUGGGAACGGCGCUCUGAACAGCACCAAAGCUGUUAAAGAUCGGGACGAGAAAGAGAAGAGUGGGAAAGAGAAAAAAGAGAAAAGGGAAAAGACACCAGGCAACACUCCAGAUACCAAGCCUGAGAACCGCCGGGAGAAGCAGAGAGAUGAAAGAGCGGGGAAGGAGGAGCGGGUGGCACGUGAGGGUAAGGAGAAGACCCCCAAGGCAGACAGGGAGAAAGUGAAGCCAGAGGAGAAGAGCAGCAAAGAUGACAAGGCCAAAGCCGGAAACGGGGAGCCCAUAGAACCGUCCAGGGAGCGUGACACGAUUACGCGACAUGAAUCCAAGAGCAAGGAGAAAGGAGACAGGAAUGCGGCAGCUGGAACGCUCAAGUCACCAGGUCCCAGAUCAGAGUCAGCUGAAUCUGAGAGGGAUCCCAAAAGACGAAAGCUCGACAGCCACUCUUCGCCAUCCCACUCUUCGUCUGUUAAGGACAAUAACAACGAACCCAAGGAGUCCGCAUCCAAGCACCACACCAACUUUAAUUCAGUUGCCCAGUCCAAGAGCAGAGAGAGGGAAAUGGAGAAGAAAGACACAGAGAACUCACAAGGCCGAACCAAAGAGAAGAAGGAGGAUCGCAAAGAAAGGAAACGAGAUCAGACCAUCAAUGAUCGCGAGGCCAGCCUAGAAUCCAAACGCAGAAAGGACGAGAACGGCACCAAUUCCUACAAAAACAGCAAGAGCACAAGCCCUUCCAGCGACUCCCCUCUGUUGGGUGAGAAAGAGAAAAGUAAAAGAUCCAAAUCCUCCAGCAAAGAGAAGGCAGAGUCGGUGAAACCCGAGCGAACUUCCUCCGGCGGCAAAAAGGAGUCCAGACACGACAAAGACAAGUCUGAAAAGAAAGAGAAGAGAGACAGCAGUGGGGGAAAGGAGGAAAAAAAGCAUCAUAAAUCCUCUGACAAGCACAGAUAAUGUGCACUAUCAGUUAAGCAGUAGAACUGGAGACUCCGCUUUUAUCUGCAAGACUCCUGCACCUCCACCUGUACCACGUCGCUGAGCUGUACGCUUUCUACUUGUUUUUGUUUUCCCCUCAUCUCCCAGCCGACUGUCGCUAGCUGUGGUUAACUGUAGGAAUCAUUUUUUCCUGAUUUCAGACAGUAAGCCAUCUGAAAAGUUUUAUUUCCUUUAUUUUUUUUUGUCUCUCUUCCACAUGGGCACAUCAUGCAUCUGUAAUCACAGAUUAUUUCUUACUAGAAAUGUGGUUACUGUAUGAAAUGAUCACUUGGCACCGUCUGGUCAUGAAAUCCAUAAUCCUGUGCUUGAGGAGUUUUUUUUUUUUUUGUUGUUGGUUAUAUUUUUUUCCUCAUUUUAUUGGAGUUUACAGGCUUUCCAUACUCACUUACCUCGUAUCCUUUUUGAGAUACUUAGACACUUAUUUAUUUAGCUCCCUUUUAAUCCUAGUAAGCCAGUAAGCAUAGGUGAUUCAAAUAAAACAAAGGACCAGUUUGUAUAUUGUGUAUAAAAAUAAAGAGGGUAACAUGAAAAUGACAUGUUAUUUCUUUCUUUUUUUGGAUGUCCCAUGCAAGUUUUUUUGGGGGGGGAGGGUGGGGGGGGGUGCAAGGUUGUGUGUGUUAAUCAGGUUUUUACCUAAUUUAUAAAAAUGUCAGUUCAACCUUGAUUUAAAUGUAGAAUUGUAAAGAAACUUUUGACGCUCUGUACUCCAAAUACAGCUGUUUGGAAAAUGAAUUUUGGAGAUUUUAUCUGCUGUACUCAAUGAGUGUAAGCUUUUUUCCAUUUCUUUCUUUUUUUUUUUUUUUUUUUUUUACAAAAAAAGAAAAAACAAAACGUAAACCCAAUAAAUACUAGUUUUCCUAGUG